GCACAAAAAUGACGCAUGCACAGGCACCACUUCCUGCUUCCUGACAGCAGCAGUUGUCCUGAUCUUCUGGUCGUUGUUGGACUUUCUGUCUCCGUGUCCACCUGUCUGUCCACCUGUCCGUCCGGGUCCAUGCGCGCCCCCGUCUGCGCGGCGCUGCUGCUGCUGUGCGCGCUGAGCGACGCGGCGGCUCGUCAGUUCUCAGAGGAGCAGAUGGCGGCUGUCAGGCAGCGCAUCAAGUCCAUGUUCUAUCACGCCUACAACAGCUACCUGAGCAACGCCUUCCCCUACGAUGAACUCCGCCCCCUCACCUGCGACGGACAGGACACCUGGGGCAGUUUCUCUCUGACUCUGAUCGACGCCCUGGACACACUGCUGGUUCUGGGGAACCGAACGGAGUUCCAGCGCGUGGCGUCGCUCCUCCAGGACACCGUAGACUUCGACAUCGACGUCAACGCGUCCGUGUUCGAAACCAACAUCAGAGUGGUGGGCGGCCUGUUGUCGGCCCACAUGCUGGCGGGUCGGGCCGGGAUGGAGCUGGAGCCCGGAUGGCCGUGUUCCGGUCCGCUGCUCCGGAUGGCUGAGGACGCAGCCCGCAAGCUGCUGCCAGCGUUCGAUACGCCGAGCGGGAUGCCGUACGGCACCGUGAACCUGCUGCGCGGCGUCAGUCCCAGCGAGACGCCGGUCACCUGCACCGCCGGCGUGGGAACCUUCAUCCUGGAGUUCGCCGCGCUGAGCCGCCUCACCGGAGACCCGACGUUCGAGAGCGCGGCGCGGCGCGCGCUGACCGCCCUGUGGAGCACCAGAUCUGACAUCGGACUGGUGGGGAACCACAUCGACAUCGUGACCAGGAAGUGGGUGGCCCAGGACGCCGGCAUCGGCGCCGGCGUCGACUCGUACUUUGAGUAUCUGGUGAAAGGAGCCAUCAUGCUGCAGGACCAGGAGCUUCUCACCAUGUUCCGAGCAUACGAUCAGGCCAUCCAGAACUACACGCGUUUCGAUGACUGGUACCUGUGGGUCCAGAUGCACAAAGGAAGCGUCACCAUGCCGGUGUUCCAGAGCCUGGAGGCCUUCUGGCCCGGCCUGCAGUCUCUGCUGGGGAACCUGGACAGCGCCGCCAGAACCUUCCAGAACUAUUACUCAKUGUGGAGGCAGUUUGGAGGCCUGCCGGAGUUCUACAGCAUCACGCAGGGAUACACAGUGGACAAGAGAGAGGGGUACCCACUGANUCCAGAGCUGAUGGAGAGCGCCAUGUACCUGUUCAGAGCCACAGGUGAUCACACCUACCUGCAGUUCGGCCUGGACGCCGUGGAGUCCAUCGAACGCAUCGCCAAGACGCCGUGCGGCUAUGCCAGCGUCAAAGAUCUCCGGGAUCACCAGCUGGAUAACAGGAUGGAGUCGUUCUUCCUGGCUGAAACCAUCAAAUACCUGUACCUGCUCUUUGACCCCUCCCACUUCCUGCAUGGCGGCGGGGUGGAGGGAGACGGGUCGUGGGAGGGAGGCGGAGCCAGCGGCCAGUGUGUUCUGGGGGCGGGGGGGUUCAUCUUCAACACCGAGGCUCAUCCUCUGGACCCGGCGGCGCUGCACUGCUGCAGCCGCCACGCGCAGGAGCCGCAGCACCUGCUGCUGGGGCUGACGGCGCCCGCCGGCCAAUCAGAGCGGCCUGCCGGCCAAUCAGAGCGGCCUGCCGGCCAAUCAGAGCGGCCUGCCGGCCAAUCAGAGCGGCCCGCCGGCCAAUCAGAGCAGCCCGCCGCUCAGACUGAGGACCCUCCCCCCAGCCAAUCAGAGAGCAUCGCUCUGAAGCCCGGGGAGAAGAAGGCCCCGCCCCCUCUCUCCUGCCCCGUUCAGCCGUUCGGCGCUCGGCUCGCCAUCCUGGGCCAGGUCUUCUCUGAUGACACCUGAGGCUCUGAUUGGCUGCAGGCCUCCGGACUGAUGGACGUCAGUUUAAAGUUUAUUUUUAUUUAUUAAAAAUGUUUCYKGGUUUUCAGACUCUUUUCUCUCCUGGAGGCGACGAUUCGGUUUGUAGGAAAUCAGAACCAGGAUCCAAACCAACAAUCUGCAUCUCCGGUUUGGUUUCAGUGAUUUGACUGAAAAAUAACAAACAUUUAAAUUAAAUGCAAAACAUUU